GAGAGAGAGAGAGAGAGAGAGAGAGAGAGAAGAAGAGUAUCAUGCUGGGCUGAACCAACACCACCUGGUCCGCGCACUGCUCAUGGUUAACUUAGAGACACAUUGAUUCAUCAGAAACACGCUUCUGCGAUCCACACUUCCCCACCGUCCACUCGCACGCCCACAUCAUAGCCUCCUCCCCUCCGCUUUGACGAUACUCUACACUGGUCAGAGGGACAAGUGGAGAGGUAAUUGGAGGUACAGUUUCUUUUUUUUCUCUCUCUCCAGCUUAUGCUGCAACAACAGAAACACGUUGAGAGGAGUUAGAAAAAAAAAAAAGAUACGUGCUCGAGUUUACGUGGAGUUUUAGUGAGGGAAGCCGAAGCAGAGAGUGAAGUGGUGGGGAAGGCGAGGAAUUAGAAGAUUAAGGCGAAAGAACUAAAGGUCCCUAUUAGAGAACACGAAGAGACGCUUUGAAGAGAAGAAAAUAGAUUGGAGAUAGAAAAUACAGCACACUCCUUAAAUGACUAUAAGUAUGAUAAAAAGCCGAAAACAGCGGAUAAGUAAGAUAAGUAACCUUAAGAGAACAUCAGCAAAAUACAGUGCCUUAUGUUUGAAGAGGGAUUUCCUCCUCCUUUGUAGUGUAUGGUGAAUGAUAUUUUUAUGUUGUCUCUAGUAGAGCUAAGGAACAGAUUUCGUUCUCGCAGGAGAAUCUAAUGGUGUCACACAAACUCCCGAAUCCCAACAUUUACAUUGUUUUCUCUCCUUCUUUGGAUGUUCCUAUACAACUUGGCUUGUUGAUGGUAAAUUCAUCUCCUGAAAAAUAUUUGCAAGAUUUUAACGUCGACAGAAGGCAAACUUUAUUACUCCUGAUAUUUCAUACCCUCACAAUACGCCUGUGAUAAAUGAAGUAUAAAUAUACUUUAAUAAGAAGACUGUUCACAAUUUAGAGGCUAAAUACUGCGUUAACAAGUAUUAGCUCGAAUUUUUCUCUGGUGAUCUCCAUCCAACAUUACGAUGGAGGGGAAGAUCUAUCUGGCGUGGGCUAUUAUCUUCCUUACCGUGGCGAGGACUGCCAAACUAACGGAAGCGCAGGAGUUCAUAUACACAAAGUUCUCAUGUGACAACAUGAUACCACAGCAUACGACAGAGGUCACGAGGCUAAUGGAGGAAGAGAAGCUAGAGAUGGAGUCAAAUCAUGUCAACACCCCAACUUCACCAACAACUGAGGAGGAGGAGGAGGAAGAGGGUUCAGGUUCAACUACCCCAACUACUACCACCACUACCACAACCACCACCAGGCCCCCACCUGCCCCUAAGGCCCAGGUGUACAAUGGGAACAUCAACAUGCAGAUACUCACUAGCGAAGACAAGUACCGACGCCUCAAGACUCUAGAAGUCUCCCUACAAUCUUCGGACUACAUCAACGGAUUCCUGCUGCAGGCGAGGAAGACAGAGCAGCGCAAAGCAGUAGUGGGGACCUUUCUCCGUUCACCGCACCGAGGAAAUAUCAUAGCUUGCAAUGGAUCAAUAGCAAACACGGUGGUGAUGGAGACGGCUCCCUUGCGCCUUGCAAACCUCUCCUUUACCUGGCUAGCUCCUGAAGCUAGUAUGGGCACCAUUGAAUUCGUUGCCAGCAUACUGGUGGACAAGAGUACCAGCUAUAAAGUCAUCAGAUCGGCUCCUCUGCAACUGAACUUAUACCGUAAGUAGUUUCCCUCAGUAAAUUAAAAGAAGCAGAGAUGGAUAGAUUGACUAGUAAAUAAAAUGACAAGUAUCUCAUUUACUUAAUAGACUGAUGUAAUAGGUAUGUAGAUAUUAACAAAAAAGGAUCCGAUUCUAUCCACUUAUAGAUAUGUAAGAACAUAUGUACCUACAUAUAUAUACAAAGAGAGGUACUGAAAGU